GCGCCUUUCGACGACGUGGCACCAGACCAUCGUCCUCCAUACCCUUCAGGCCCUCCAAUGGGCCCAAGGCACGAUGGACCGCCGCCACGGGAUCCUCGAGAGACUCGCUAUCCGCCAGACGCAGGCCCGCCGCCUCCAAUGGACCCAAGAGAUAGACCUGCUCAUAUGGAUCCGAGAGACAGACCGCCGUCCGUUGACCCUAGGGACCAGCCACGAUCAAGAGAUCCGAGAGAGCGGCAUCGCGAGCCACGCGACAGGAGACGAAGUGCGCGGAUGAGCGGAAGCGAGUUUGAAGACUACUCUGGCGAGGAGCGCAGACAUGGGCGUCCGAAGCAGACUCGUUUUGCAGAUAGCGGCGUUAGUGGCAGAAGAUAUCCCGAUGACUCUGUGAGUCCAUGGCGUCGCGGCAGUCGUGGAAGCUAGGACAUUCCGCCGCUUGUGAGACGUGUCACGGACAAGAUUGGAGAUGUGAGGGAGGAUAUCAAAGCCGAGUACAAAGAUCAGCUGGAGAAGAGAUUGGGCAAGUGAUGAGUACACGAGAUGAUGAAUUGCAUGUUAUCGGGCGAUCAGAGCUGGGUUGCAUCAGCAAAAGGACGCCAUACCCAAAUGAGGCUUCAGUCUAGUCUACGACGAUAUUCAGCAUUGCUACCAUACUCUAAGUAGCCUUACUUCAAGCACACAAUCAUAUGAAGGGCCAAGGCAAGCUCCUAGGACGCUAAGGAUUGUGCACCUUGAUGGUUUCUGCAAGUG